AAUAACCGUUGACUGUCACAAUCAGUAAUUGAACGCUCCCGCAAUGCUAAAUUUCCACAGUGAUGCCUGUACAACACUAGUCAGUCAAUUUAAAGAGAAGAUAAAUCCUUCUGUGCACUCAAAUUCAGAUUCAUUUUCUGAAAUUUCAAGAGAACUCGAGAAUCAUUACCUGGGAAAUGAAAUUUUUCGUUUUCUUGUUCAUUCUAGUCCUGGUAGUCCUAGGACAAGAGGCUGCUGAUGACUGCGCACCAGAAAAGUGUGGUGACGAGCUUUUUAUUCGAUUCCCAUUCCGACUGAAAGAGAAACAGCCUAAGCACUGUGGCUAUCCUGACCCUCGGUUUGACUUAUCUUGCGAAGAUAACAAAUUUGCAGAGAUGGAGCUACCAAACUCUGUCAAAGUCCACAUCAGAAGUAUUGAUUAUGCAUUACAGACCCUUCAUGUAUUUGGCACAGAUGGCUGUCUAGCAAGAAACGCUAAAGAUUUCAAAUUAUCUACUUCUAAUUUCCAAUUCUCCGCGUCCUUGAAUGAUUAUGCUUUAUUCAAUUGUUCAUCAGAAAACAUAAAUUCAUAUGCCGCAAUAUCUUGUCUUGGUGGUCCUGGUUAUCAAGUUUAUGCCUUUGAUUCGUAUAAUCGCAUUGAUGACUUGCCCUUGACAUCUUGUACCAAGAUGUAUAACCUUUCAUCACUUCCACAAGACAUGUUCAACGACAAAGAUGUGAUUAGUUUGACUUGGUCCGAACCCAAGUGUCAUGAUUGUGAGGUACCGCGGAAACAUUGUAGCUGGAAGAAUGACUCAAUUGUAUGUUUAGAGUUGCCCAUAAGAAAAGCAGAUGCCUUAAUCAGGUUACGAACUGCAGGUAUAGUCCUUGGUUCGUGUCUACUGUUGAUAGUGUCUGCUGCAGUGUUUCAUGUCUACAGGAUUUACAGAAAACAAAAGGAAAACCAAGCAAGGAUAGAGAAAUUUUUGGAAGACUAUAAAGCUCUCAAGCCCACAAGAUACUCUUAUGCUGAUUUGAAAAGGAUUACGAAUCAAUUUAAGGACAAAUUAGGCCAGGGAGCUUAUGGCACUGUGUUUAAAGGGAGGCUUUCUGAUGAGAUUUUUGUGGCUGUGAAGGAGCUCAAUAAUUCGACGGGGAAUGGAGAAGAGUUCAUUAAUGAAGUGGGAACAAUGGGAAGAAUUCACCAUGUGAAUGUUGUUCGCUUGGUUGGAUUUUGUGCUGAUGGAUUCAGAAGAGCGUUGGUUUAUGAGUUCUUGCCAAAUGAAUCAUUAGAGAAAUUUAUAUUCUCAAAUGAUGGUGAUAAUAGUUCCCUUGGCUGGGAGAAGCUGGAAGAUAUUGCUCUUGGCAUAGCCAAGGGGAUUGAGUAUCUUCACCAAGGUUGUGAUCAGCGAAUCCUCCAUUUUGACAUCAAACCUCAUAAUAUUUUGCUAGAUGACAACUUCACGCCAAAAAUUUCUGAUUUUGGCCUGGCAAAAUUAUGUGCUAAAGAUCAAAGUGCUGUAUCCAUGACUGCUGCUAGGGGAACCAUGGGCUAUAUUGCACCUGAAGUGUUCUCUAGGAAUUUUGGGAGUGUGUCUUAUAAGUCGGACGUUUAUAGCUUUGGAAUGCUGCUGCUAGAAAUGGUUGGAGGAAGAAAAAACAUUGAUAUUGAUGUGGAGAACUCUAGCCAAGUCUUCUUCCCAGAGUGGAUAUACAAGCAUUUGGAUCAAGAAGAGGAGCUGAGAAUUCGCAUUUUGGAAAUAGGAGAUGCUAAAAUUGCAAAGAAACUUACAAUUGUUGGAUUAUGGUGCAUACAGUGGUACCCAGCAGAUCGUCCCUCGAUGAAAGUUGUCGUUCAGAUGUUGGAAGAGGAAGGAGGCGCUUUAACAAUGCCACCUAAUCCUUUUAACUCAGAAAGUGCUAUGAAAGCCAAUGCUGCUAUGCGUGGGAGACGUCUGCACCAAGAGUUAGCAGUCAUCUCCGAAGUAGAGUGUUCUGAAGCAUGUAAUCUUAGAAGUUACUGUAUCACUUUACAUCGUAUGUAUAAAAUCUGUUAUGAUCAAGCUGAUGACGAAGAAGCUAUUAUAUGGAAGUUAACAUCAACUAGAAGAGUUCAUGAAGUAGCUGAUCUUCCAGUUGACGCAGCUCUUGUGGAGAUAGAAAAGGCUUUGGAGGCAUCUGGAGAGAUUCAACUUCUCCUUCAAGCAUCUCUACAACUCUGUUCAUCGAGGGACGAUCGCCAGGCUUCAUUUACAAGCGAAGAAAGAGAUUGUUACUUAAAACUGUUCUAUCUCGACACAUUUCAAGACAUGGCUAGUGGGUUAAUGGAUUUUCUUUUCUCUCGCUGCUGCAUCUGCAUCUUGCUCUUGUUAAGAUCUACAGUAGUUUGUGCAGGCAUGGGGUGCCCUGAAAUGAAGUGCAACCGACAUGGACCGCCCAUCAAGUUUCCAUUCAGUAUAAAAGGAAGCCACCAAGCUGAUUGUGGCUAUCCUGGUUUUUAUGUUUCCUGCACCAGCACAAAUGAGACGUUGCUGGAGCUUCCAUUUUCAGUGAAGCUCUUCAUCUCCAAGAUUAAUUACAAAUCACAGAAGCUUCAUGUAUAUGAACCUACUGGUUGCCUCUCAAAACAUCUUCGAAAUCUUAAUUUAUCAGCUUCUCCAUUCCAGUUCGGAGAUAAGUACCUAGAUGAUUUUACUGUAUUCAGUUGUUCAAUAGGAGAAUUUGUUUCCUGGUCAGAAGGACAUAUAUUAUCCUGUGUCAAUAAUUCCCCUGAUCGUGGUAUUAUUGCUUUCUAUUCUCGGCGGUCAAUAAACUACAUGCCGUCCCUGUUAUCUUGCACCAAGCUUUACAAUGUUUCUUCAGUCCCACACAACAUGCUGUUUCCAGAAAGAAAGAUUAUCUUUAAAUGGUCCACGCCGAAUUGCAGAAAAUGUGAAGCAGAAGGCAAGUUAUGCAGGUUGAAUGAAACUAGUUUGCAGUCUGAAACUGAGUGCUUAAACAUCCUCAAACAACAUAAAGGUGCAUCCACAAAAAUGAAAGUCACAGGUGCAGUGCUGGGUUCAUUUUUUCUUGGACUAGUUAUUGCAGUGUACCAUUUUUAUAGAUUAGAUAAAACUGAAAAGGAGAAUCAAAAAAGAAUCAGAAUAUUUUUAGAGGAUUACAAAGCACUCAAGCCCACAAGGUACUCAUAUGCUGAUAUUAAGAGAAUCACAAAUGAAUUUAUGGAGCAACUUGGUCAAGGAACUUACGGAACUGUCUACAAAGGAAAGUUAUCCAAUGAAAUUCUAGUAGCUGUUAAGGUCCUCAACAAUUCCAUAGGAAAUGGGAAUGAAUUUAUAAAUGAAGUGAGUACCAUGGGUAGAAUCCACCAUGUUAAUGUAGUUCGCUUGGUAGGUUAUUGCGCUGAUGGUUUUAGACGAGCUCUAGUUUACGAGUAUUUACCAAGAAAUUCACUUCAAAAGUACAUCUCUUCAGCAGACACCGAGAAUCAUUUUCUUGGGUGGAAGAAGCUACAGGAUAUUGCUGUUGGCAUAGCAAAAGGGAUUGAGUAUCUUCACCAGGGUUGCGAUCAACGGAUCCUUCAUUUCGAUAUCAAACCACAUAAUAUCCUGCUUGAUGACAAUUGGAAUCCAAAAAUCUCGGAUUUCGGUACGGCCAAGUUAUGCUCCAAGGACCAAAGCGCAGUUUCCAUGACAGCAGCUAGGGGCACCAUGGGCUACAUUGCACCUGAAGUAUUCUCCAGGAACUUUGGGAAUGUGUCCCAUAAGUCUGAUGUUUAUAGUUUUGGAAUGUUAGUGCUUGAGAUGGUUGGAGGAAGGAAGAAUGUUGAAGUUACGCCGGAGAAUGCUUGCCAGGUCUAUUUUCCAGAAUGGAUCUAUAAUCUUUUAGAGCAUGGAGAAGACCUGAGAUUACAUAUUGAAGAAGAGGGAGAUGCAAACAUUGCAAAGAAACUUGCAAUUGUUGGGCUCCGUUGCAUCCAGUGGCACCCAGUGGAUCGUCCUUCAAUGAACUUUGUCGUUCAGAUGUUGGAAGGAGAGGAAAAUUUAACUAUCCCUCCAAAUCCUUUUGCCUCUACAGGUUCCGGAAGAACUUAUACAGCGCCUGCUGGAAGACGCCGGCAUCAGGAGUUAGAAGUCAUUCAAGAACUGGAAUGAGCAUUACGAGUUGUCCAAUCAUGUUAUGAUUAUUUAAGUUUCUAAUUAAUAAAACAGUGAGUUGUAUGUUUAAUCUAUAGUUCAUUACAAGAAAAAAGGGCUGAUUUAUAAAGCUCUGGUUUUUCUGAUGAUGCUAAUAGUUUCACUUGAAUAAUCAAAAUGCAGAAGUAAAAGUCUUUUUUCUCUUC